AGCUUAAGGAGACCACAAGUUUCUGACGUAGAACAAAAAAACAGCCAAGUUUCCAAUUCAAACUGGACAAGCAAAGCUUUAAUAGACCUGUUGCCUAUUUAUUUACAUUAAAUUCCCAUUUGACCGCCGUAUCAGUGCAGUUUAGGAGUUGCAAGCAGCUCCUUUACAGAAGACACUGUCAAAUACUUCCUCCGCUCUUUCAUUCUCUUUCUCCAACUCUCUACACUCUAAGGGAUUCCAAUGCUGAUAAGAGCUGCAUUAGCUUAGUCUGUACCUCGAAGGACCUUUCUUGACAGUCUGAAAUUUUAAGUAAACCAGUUCCAAUUCCAUUAUAAUUCCUUUGCUGUUCAAAAUCCCAGGAAAGCUUUACCCAAGCUCAACUACCUUGUCUUUUGUUUGAUUUCUACUUCAUCAUCAGAAAUUCCUUCAAAAUGCACCCUCCUCUUCGCUACUGUUUCAUCUAUAUUUCUUAUCUAUAAACUUUUGUUCAUUUGUUUUACCAAAACAACCCAUCUGACAAAUCCCCACCAAAAAAGAAAAAAAAAAUGUCUGAAUCUAAUCCAAAAUUACCUUCUAACAAGCUUCCUGAUUUCAAGCAAUCUGUGAAACUGAAAUACGUUAAACUUGGCUACCAUUACCUGAUGACUCAUGGAAUGUACAUAUUUUUAACCCCUCUUGUUGUGGUCAUUGCUGCACAACUCUCCACUUUCUCGCUUCAAGAUCUCCAUGAGCUUUGGGACCAUCUUCGUUUUAAUCUAAUGUCUGUGAUCCUAUGUUCCACCCUUCUCGUUUUCUUAUUUUAUUUUCUUACUCGUCCUCGUCCUGUUUACCUUGUUGAUUUUUCAUGUUACAAGCCAGAUGAUGCUAGGAAAUGCACCGGGCAGAUCUUCAUGGAAAGGUCUGUUAUGACUGGUACUUUCACAGAGGAAAACCUUGAGUUUCAAAGGAAAAUUCUUGAGAGGUCUGGUCUUGGGGAGUCCACUUACCUCCCCGAAGCUGUUAUAAGAGUUCCUCCUAAUCCGUGCAUGGCAGAGGCAAGGAAAGAAGCAGAAGCUGUGAUGUUUGGUGCACUUGAUCAGCUUUUUGAGAAAACAUCUUUGAAACCUAAAGAUGUUGGAAUUUUAAUUGUCAAUUGUAGCUUGUUUAAUCCAACACCAUCUUUAUCUGCAAUGGUAAUUAAUCAUUACAAGCUUAGAGGGAAUAUUAUUAGUUAUAAUCUAGGUGGGAUGGGCUGUAGUGCUGGUUUGAUAUCCAUUGAUCUUGCCAAAGAUCUUCUUCAAGCACAUGCAAAUUCCUAUGCUUUGGUCAUUACCAUGGAAAACAUUACUUUGAAUUGGUAUUUUGGGAAUGAAAGGUCCAUGCUUGUUUCCAAUUGCUUGUUCCGGAUGGGAGGGGCCGCAAUUUUACUUUCCAAUAAAAGGUCUGAUGGUAGGCGGUCCAAGUAUAGAUUGGUCCAUACUGUUCGAACUCACAAAGGUGCAGAUGAUAAAUGCUUCACUUGUGUUACUCAGAAAGAGGAUUCUACCGGAAGGAUUGGAGUUUCUUUGUCAAAGGAUCUGAUGGCGGUUGCUGGGGAUGCUCUGAAGACUAAUAUCACAACCCUUGGCCCUCUUGUUUUACCAAUGUCUGAGCAGUUACUCUUCUUUGCCACUUUGGUUGCCAGGAAACUUUUCAAGAUGAAGGUGAAGCCUUACAUCCCAGAUUUCAAAUUGGCUUUCGAGCAUUUCUGCAUUCAUGCUGGUGGAAGAGCUGUACUGGACGAGUUGGAGAAGAACUUGCAACUCUCAGAUUGGCAUAUGGAACCUUCAAGAAUGACACUGUAUCGAUUUGGUAACACUUCAAGCAGCUCUCUUUGGUAUGAAUUGGCUUAUACAGAGGCCAAAGGGAGGAUUAAGAAGGGAGACAGAACAUGGCAAAUAGCAUUCGGUUCAGGGUUUAAGUGCAACAGUGCUGUUUGGAAGGCUCUGCGGACCAUAAAUCCAGCUAAGGAGAGAAGCCCAUGGAUGGAUGAGAUUCACCAAUUCCCAGUGGAUGUUCCAAAGGUUUCAGCAAUCUAGAAUCCAUUUAACCACUUUGCUUUUCCAGCAUUAGAUUAGUGAUUGCUCUCCAGGUGAUAAACACCACUUGUCUCUGUUGUUUUACUGCAAUUUCUUUCUGUAGGGACUAGUUGGUGAUCGACUAGGAUUUGCAUUUAGUCUUUCUUGUUUAUUUGUUGAAAAGAUGGCUGCAGUUAGGUCUUUUAGUCGAUCUGCUUAUGCUUCCAGUAUGCAUGGGUUGUUGUGAUGGCUUGGACUAAUGUUUUCUCUAUCUAUUCAUGAUUUUCUCAUGUUUGAGAUUUGAUCA